GUCACCAUGGAGCAGAAUUAUCCUCUGAGCCCCUACUUCGAUGACCGUGCAAGUCGAAUUUCCGCCGUUUCUGACACGUCUUACUAUGGACCAGCCGGCUCGACGUCGUCAACAAGUCACCUGAAUCCGCUACCUCGCAAGUCCGCACCGGUCUCCCACUCGAGCGACUAUGACCCCGUUAUCAAUCCAGCCGACGUACAGGAUCAACAGGCGGGACAAAGGGUCGAUGGCAACUCUUUUUUGCGCUGGUGGGCCGCCGAGAUAGUGGCCAGCAUCCUAUCCAUUGCCUCACUACUAUCCAUCGUCAUUCUCCUGAAGGAGUAUGAAGGCAAAGGCAUCAACGACCUGGGCCUGCCGAGCUGGCUUACGCUCAACGGUAUUGUCGCCACCAUCGCAACAUUCAACAGAGUAUGUAUGAUGCUACCGGUCGGCUCCGCACUCAGUCAAGAGGCAUGGCUCUGGUUCUCUGGAACAGGCCAGACGGGAAAGGUCUCCAGUCGUUUGCAAGACCUGGAAAGGUCGGAUGCCGCGUCUCGAGGCGCAUGGGGCAGCUUGGUACUGUUGUUCCUGUCUCGGAGGCGCUAUCUCGCGUAUUUCGGAGCACUGGUGACGAUAUUGUCCUUGGCUUUCGGCACUUUCACCCAGCAGUUGAUUUCUUACAGUAUGUACCCGAUUCCGUCGUCUCAUACGGACCUGCUUCCAGGGAAUAUCCCACGAGCCGAGACAUGGCAAAAUUUUACCGGCAACCCAGCCGAGGGUGCAAUGUCCAUCCCCUUGACGAUGAAAGCCGCCAUCUACAACGGCAUGCUCUCCGAAGGCGUCGAGCCUAUAACAGCAACAUGUCCGACCGGAAAUUGCACAUGGCCAGUAACGCCGUCGCUGGCCGUGUGCGGCGAAUGCUCGCCGUCUUUUUAUCAAACAUCAUGCAACAAAACAGAGUGUACUUACACCAUGCCCUCAGGUUCCAAGAUGGUGUUUCCCAACGCCACCUACUCGACGGAAGGCAACGGCUUCCAAGUCACCGCAAGCAAGGGUGCCAAGUACAACAGCAGUCACCACGACAAGCUCUACAUUGCCAAUUUCGACGUUUUCGGGGCUCCAUACGACAGUUAUUCGUACACAGGAUGGGAGAAAGACCUCACCUCUCAGGAGUGCGACAUGUGGAUCUGCAUCAAGACCUUCGACGUCGUUACUGCCAACGGCCACCAAACCCAGGCCGUCUCCGACACCUUUUCCGACAUCAACUCAACGCUCCCGGGUGGCUUCUCGGGUGGAGACAACUUCACCUUCCCGCCUUUGCCUGCGAACAUGUCCGGGACGGGGACGCGGACGCCCGAUGGCACCACCAAUUAUACCUUCAACAUGUUCGCAAGCGUCGCGCUGCAAGAGUAUCUGAGUCCCAUGUUCAACGGGACCGUCUUUCUCAACCUCGAGUCGAAUUCGCCUUCAAGCGACGCCGUCGAAGCCCUCUGGAACGGCACGAGCGACAUGAAUGCCUGGAUGUCGAACCUGGCCCUGAGUAUGACGAACAUCAUGCGGAGUACGACACAGGCGAAUCGCGCCGUGUACGACGGUUCUGCCUCCCAGCUAGGUGUGCAUAUUCGUUGGCCGUGGAUCGCGCUGCCGGCGAGCAUGGUGCUCGCGUCACUUGUGUUCUUGGUCGUCAUCAUGAUUGAGACCGCUCGAAGCCCCGUCGAAGCUUGGAAAGGAAGUCCCUUGGCCUACCUGAUCUUUGGCGUCGACCACGAGACGAAAGCUAGCAUGGAAACCCAUGCUGUAGUGGAUGGCUACAAGGACCUGGGCAAGACCAUGGGCAGAACUAAAGCGAUAUUGAAGCACCAACCUACUGGGAAGUGGACCUUUCAAAAGGCUUCUUGACGGGCUAUUCUGAACGACGAAUUCAAGUGUGGAACCCGGGUAUUCUCACUCGGUGUUCGCGUCCACAGACACAAUUCCCGGCUCGUUGACAGGUCACGCUAACACAGGACACAGCUCCUACCAAGGCUCAGAGCAGGCUUUAGCUGCGCAGCUGGAGAGACGACACCCUUGAACCAGAUUCAUUCCGUCUUUGAAAUGACCUUCUCUUCACGCAAGUCACUCUCGAUUGCAGCCCGAUCCACACUGACACUUCCUGCUCGUACUGUUUCAACAUCCGGCACGGCCGAAUGCUUUUCGCCGUCGAAAAUCGCGUCGAUCUCUUCCAGUGUUUUCCCUUUGGUCUCGACCCAGAAAUACCACUGUCGACCAAUUGUCAGUCGCCCACACACACACGUGCCCAGGGCCACCAGAACCGCCGAUCAGAAGCGUUUUACUCACAAUGAGGAAGAAUGUCACAAUGUCCCAGCCUCCGUUGACCAUGUACAUUUUCCAGCCGAUAUUGUUCAGGCCGAUUGGCAUGAUGAAUACGAGUGCCAGUCUGUCCACACAAGCUAGUCAGUCAACUGCCACCAGGCCAAGCCAUCCAUAUAUUGAGAAUUUGGAAAACGGGGCAAGUUGUGCUUACGCAAGACCGUUCAAUGCCAAUUGCGAAAACGCCACGCCGUUGGCACGGAUCGAAUAGUUCAUGACCUCAGGCGGAUAAAGGUACAACAGCGGAGUCCAUGCCACCGAAUAGAAGCCCUGGAAGAGGAACAUGACCGCGACGUCGCCGUAUAUCAGGCCUUUUGAAGCGCCGUCGGGAUCGUCGGCGUACUUCUUGGACAGGCCACCAAUUAUGAACAAGCACACAAUCAGGAGACCUUGGGACAGCAAGGCGGUCGGCUUCCGGCCCCAUAUUGCGGCGAGGUGUGUACCGACCAAACAGCAGGCUAGGCACCAUACGUUUAAGACGACGUUCUAGCCUGUUGUUAGCUAGUUUUCUCGUCGAGAGGGAAAGACUAAAAGGGGGGGAAAAGGCACGAACCGCUUUCAGUUGCUGAUUCGAGCUUGUGAUGCCAGCAGUAUCAAGUUCAGCGCCUAGAUAAUAGCUCGCGAUGAUAUUCCCGGCUAUGCAAGAGAAGGGGCCAGGAGACAUGCCGAUCAAAAGGCGCUUUCGUGCUGUUGGAGUCCUGAUGAUCUCCAUGGGACUCAUGGUCCGUCCUUCUUUCUUCUCCCAAUUAAGAGUGUCAACAAUCUCUUUGUAGACGGUCAACACGACCGGGUCAGUCAAAUCACCGUUGGCAUUGGUCUGAGCGACGACUGUGCGUGCGGCUUCAAAGUGGCCUUGAUGGACCAGCCAGCGUGGUGAUUCGGGGCUAUAAUCCUCGUGAGAACCUCAACCGAGCAAGACGGGGACGCAGCUCACAUGAAUGGCACGACGAGGAUACAGAGAAGCGAAAAGACACCCUGAAAGAGUGAUGGCGCUCGCCAUGCCCAGGUCGAUUGCCACUGCCCAGUUCCGAGGGUAAUGCCGGCGGCGAUCAGCGCGCCAACGCUGCAAACAUGAGUUAUCCGAUUUGGGAUUGCGAUGCUCGACCUCACUAGUAAAAGUCAUUGAGCAGACCGACGCCCCAGGCACGCCAGCGACUGGGAAACGUUUCUGCCAGAUAAACUCCUGAGGCAAUUCCUGACACGGCAGACCCGAAGCCGAGAACAAUACGGGCAAUGACGAACAUAGCGAUGUUCUGCGCCGCGGUUUGCAAAACGACACCAAGCAGAGUGCCGGCAGAGCCCCAGAAGAUAGUCAACCGACGGCCGAAUCUGUCCGUGAUGAUGCCGGUCACGAGAGGACCCAAAAAGCCGCCAAUGAAGACUGAAGCAGUGUUCAGUCCAGUCGUGGCGGUAUUGAGGUUGAAAUAGUCGGUGUAGGAUGGCAGAAUAUUGAGACCGUUGAGCAUGGAGCCGUCAUAGCCGACGGUCUGUGAGGGUUAGCAGGAACACGGCGUGUAUUUUGGGACUUGAAUUCAUGUACUGUAGAUUGGACGAUUGAACAGAGGAUCAAAAGGACAGCGAGGACCUUCGUGGACUCUGGUACCCAGGCGGGCAACCAGGUGUGUGUAGGUGACUUCUUCAGCAUCUUGACGGCUGUAUGAGGUCGGGAAGAGCUCAAAGCUUUGAUACCUCGAAUUACUGCUGGGCGCAUGCUAAGGAUAUGGCAGAGGCCUGGAGAGCUUUUGUUCUCCAGAGGGAGACGAUAAGCAUUGCCGUCGCCGAAGACAAGAGGAGAUAAGCGUAACAUGUUGCAUGGAAGGAUUCACGAGGAGCGAAUGGGAGGAAGGAAGUUGCUCCCCGCAGAUAAGAACAUCCCUUUGGGCACGAGAGAGUAGCACAGGGUCAUGCAUGACCAUGUUACUGCCCUGGUCGGAAGGUGGUAUUGUGGGUGACUGAGGAUUGCAGAUCAGUGGUUCGUGUUCGAUAAGAUUUUCAACUCGGUAUGGUUUCCGUCCCGAAAGCGGCUUAGAGGUUCAUCGCGAGAUCAGGUUGAGAGGAAGAGAACCAUCCAGCUGCCCGCGUAAGGGUGUCACAGAUAUUGUCAUGAACAGACAGGAGCGUGGAGAGUAUCGAUGUUUUGAGUAGCAAGCGGUCCAUAGUACUUAGAUUCUCGGCAAACGCCAAGCUUGAGGAAUUUGCGAAUAGGCAAGUGAUCUGGCC